AUGGAGAGUGAAGCAGCAGCUGCAGCAUACGAUGAGGCGACCAGCAGUACGCCAUCGUUGCCGCCGACGCCGCCGCCUGACGGGUCGCCCUCACUGCCACCCACGCCGCCCCUCGGCGGCACGCCACCUUUGCCGGCCGCGUCACCGGCUGGUGGCAACAACACGCCAUCACCGCCGCCAACGCCACCACCUCCCGGCUUUGGCGACGACGACGAUGAGGAUGAUGACGAUGAUGAAGAGGACGAGGACGACGUGGAGACAGCGCACGACAACAGUCCGGAUGAGUCAAGCAGUGCGAGUAGCGCCUCCGAGACGGCCGACGUGAAGACGUCGUCGAACGGGGAUGCAACAGCGCCAUCACCGAAGCAGCGUUCUGAUGAUGUG